CAUGUUCAUAACCCAUUCUGUUGUACUUCUUCUGUGAUAUUCAACUCUGAAUGAAAAUGAAGACUGUAGCCCUGAUAGCAACUCUGCUCUCCGUCGCCGCCGCGGCCAGAGAAUGCCCCAACCUGUCUGUAGUCCAAGCCUUCGAUUCUGAAAAGUUUUCAGGCACCUGGUACCAACAGGGAAGUUUAUCAAACCGCUUUACCAGAUGUCCUAAAUUAGAAUUUUCCGUCAGGAAUGCUGACUCUAUCGCUAUCCGAAACAUGGAACAGGAUUUUGGACAAUGGAGGACCGUAGACGGAACAGCAGUGUUUGCAGAUCCCUCAAAGGACGAGGCUAAGCUUGUCGAAACUGUGGAGAGUUCUUCUGGCAACACAACAUCAAAUGUGUGGAUCUUGGCCACUGACUAUGACAACUACGCUAUAGUAUUCUCCUGUCAGUUGGAAUCCGGCUAUCCUCAAAGAUCAGCAUGGAUCUAUACAAGGAAGCAGAUUCUCCAUAGGAACGAUCAGAAACACAUCGAUAAACUCCUGGACAAGGCUUUCGAGAUUAUCUCCAGCGAGGGAGGACCUGUAAAGGACGACUUCUGGCCUGCCCACCAGUACCAGUGUCCUCAUUAAACACUUUAACGGAAAACGUUAAAUCCUGACA